GAGUCAUCCCGGCGGGAUGACUCCCGGUUCCCGGUCAUGAGACAUAAUUAAAUUGCCUCGUCGAUCAUUGCCCGCGACGCCGUGCGAAAGCCGCUCUCGCCGACGUGCCGCGCGAUGUUGAUGCAACAUAUUGCGACGGAUGCCGUCUGCACUUUGUUUCGCGUUACUCUCGCUAAACGGGAAAAGCUCUUCCGUUUUGCUUCUUAUAUGUACAUAUAUAUAACUUGUCGCAGGUGAAUGUUUCAUCUUCGGCGAAACAAUGACUUCGGGUUACUUCAGUUUGCCAGUUAAUAUGGACAGGGUAUGCAGGAUCUGUCUCACCGAGGGUACCAAUUUGUCGUCGAUUUUCUCCUCCGCUCAGGACGUGAACGAGCUCACGGGUCUUUCUCAGAAGAUACAGAUUUGCGGCUCCAUCGAGAUAGACGAGCAGGAUGGAUUACCUUCCCUGAUAUGCGACAUCUGUAUUUAUAAGGCCAGCGUCGCCCACGAGUUCAGGCAACAGUGUCAACACUCGGACACAAAGUUGCGCAUGUACUACAAUAAGCCUGCCAAAUGUGCUGCUAAGUCCGAUACGGUAAAGACAUCAAAUUACUUUUGCUUAUACGUACGAAAUAUGUACGAUAGUGCAUGUACAUGUGAUGUAAUUUUUCAGGAUUUUCAGGAUUCUUGUACGCAGACGGAUCUACAAACGAGAUUGGUGCUGUCGAAAAAGUCAGACCACUUCCAGGAGGAUUACUUCGACAAGGAAGACAUGCAGGUGGUUGCGAGCGCGCAGGAGUUCAUUCCAACCACCGACUCAUUUCCCAGAGGCGAAGUCAGUCUGAACGCCAGUCAGAUUCAGAUAUCGGAUGAAAAGCUGUUCAUCUGCUCCAUCGGAUUCGAAGGUAAAGAGGAGGGGAAGAAUUCUUGCAUAUCAGAGGGCGAGGUACAUCAAAUGACGAUGGCGCAGGAAGAUGCGCAGGAUGCGUCUAACAUCAUCAGUUUACAAAACAAGGAUGACGACAACAAGGAGGCCGAUCCGUACGUGGAGAAGAGCAGUGCCGAUCAGGAGGAGGAGCAGCAGUUCGUCAACGAAAGUUUAUCCAAUGACAAUAUAGAGGAGGAGGAGGAGAGCGUCCCGCCGAAACGUACGUCCGCGAGAAAGACGAAAUCGGCUAAAACGUACAGCGACGACGAGAUCGCCGACAAUUACUACGAGCCGAGCAGCGACAGUCGGGAUUCGGUGGAGUCAAAGUUCAAGUGUAAGGUCUGCUCCAAGCAGUACGCCACGCAGAAGGGGCUGAAGAAGCACUCGUUGGUCCACGAGAAGAAGUACAAGUGCGACGUCUGCCUGAAGAUGUUUUACAAGCAGGAGAACAUGGAGAACCACCAGAAGAUUCACACGUCGAAGCCGCACGCGUGCCAGCUCUGCCACGCGUCCUUCUCCAAGUCUCAGAGCCUCGUGAGGCACUUGAAGUCGCACACGGAGAAGGUGAACGAUAUGAUCAAGCAGAUCAACACGAGCGAGCGGAAGGACAGUAAGGAGCCGAAGAAGGAGCUCAAGAGCGAGGACGACACCGACGACGAGACCACCGGGCCGGCGAACGAGGCGGACGAAUUCGAGAACGCGCCCGAGUUGUACAAAUGCGAGAUAUGCAACCAGUAUUGCUCGUCGUUGAAGAAUCUGAGAAGACACGCGCUCGUGCACGGCGACAAGAAGUACUCGUGCACCGUGUGCAAGAAGUGGUUCUUCAGGCCGGACACGUUGAAGAAACACGCGGAGAAGCACGGGCACGGGCUGCUGGACAAUCUGGUGGACGACAACAAGCUGUACGACUCGGACGACGACGAUGUGCCGACGAGCAACAACCCCGCGACGGAUCCCGCGCCCGAGGGCGAGAACGUCAAGAGGGAGGAGAGCGACGAGGAGGGAUCCGGCGAGUACAAGUGCCAGCACUGCGACAAGGUCCUGGCGACCAAGAAGGGCCUGCGACGGCACGUGUCGAUGCACAAGCCGAAGGCCGAGCCCGUCACCUGCGAGAUCUGCAGGAAGGUCUGCGCCAGCCAGGCCCGCCUCGUUCUCCAUCAGAGGACGCACAAGCCGAAGGAGAAGGUGCCGCGCGAGUACCUGUGCCACAUCUGCAGCAAGGUCUACCCGAGCAACUCGUCUCUCACCUACCACAUGCGCACUCACACCGGCAUCAAGCCGCACGUGUGCAAGACGUGCAACAGCGGCUUCACGACCACGACGAGCCUGGCGAACCACAUUCGCAUUCACACGGGCGACAAGCCGUUCGUCUGUCACGUGUGCAGCGCCGCGUUCGCCGUGAGCUCGGCCUUUCGCAGGCACCUGACCCGGCACACCGGCGAGGCGAAUUACCUGUGCAAGACCUGCGGCAAGGCCUUCAAGAGGCUCAGCACGCUGAAGGAGCACACGUACACGCACUCCGGCGAGAAGCCGUACGUGUGCAAGACGUGCGGCGCCGCGUACAGCCACAGCGGCAGCCUCUUCGCGCAUCAGAAGCGCUGCCGCGCCCAGUACGGCGAGAUGAUAGUCGACGAUCACAAUCAUCACAUGCCGCAUCCGGUCACUCACAUCCACGUGAAUAUGAAUAACGUGAAUAACGGGGCGGGAGUGCGGCCGGUCGCUGUGAUAGGUCAGAUGUUCUAAGAACGACGAGGUGGUGUUGUCACAUACAGAUUGCGAGCGUUAUCUGCGUUAUCCGAGAGUGUCGCGUACAAGCUGUUGCUAGUUUGCAGCUGCAAAUCCUAUGCACGAAAUGCAUGGCGUAAGCUGCACGUCAUCUCUGUAAAUAUACACGCUCAUUUUUCAUAAUGGAAAACGUUCCUCGAACAUACCCCCGGCGCUCCAGAGACGCUAAUGCUUUGCUUUUAAAAACACGUAAACGAGUAUCCGCGGUGUAAUAAAAUGAAACGUACUCAUGUUUAUACGACGAUCGAAGAGUUUAGAAAAAAAAAACGGUAUAAUUACAAUACUAUUAUUAAAAUUGCGAACUAUUUUUUUAUUAUUUGAUAUCAUAGGUACGAAUAUUUGUGGACUUCAUAUAUUUCAACACACAUAUGUACAUAUAUACAUAUAUAUAUUUUUGUAUGUUUCGUAUAAUCCAGAUCUUGUUGUACCACAUAUUACAUGAUAGUUGUUUACGUUAUCGUACUAUUUUAGAAGGAUACAAUAGUUGAUUUUUUUUUAUAUAGCUGAGUUUUUUUCCCCCUUAUCAGAGUCGAUUUGAGAAUUAAAUCAAUAUAUAAGCGGAGACAAGGAAGACAAAUCAUUCGCGAAAAUGCCGGUGAAAAAAAAAUAUAGAAAUGACUAUUUUCAAAAAUUUAAUAGAAUUAUUUUUUUUUCUUUUUUAGAUUUAGAAAUUUGUACGAAUGAUGUGAAUUUGUAAAGAUCAUGUUAACAUGAAGCGCAACGAGAUUAUUAAUCGUUUGAUUUUUAGAAUACAUUUUAAAAAUUUUGCUAGCUGAUGUAGCAGAAAUAAAGAGUAGCGCUAGAAAUGUAAUAUCAGGUAUACAAUUUCUGGGCUGUGACUAUCGUAUAGGAUGAUAACCGAAUGAAAAAAGUCGAUACAAUCUACUUAUUUAAUAAACUUAAUCGGCAUACAUUUAUACUGUACCAUCAAAAUAUGUUAUAAUUAAAUGAAUGAUAAUCAUAUUCAUGCUACAUU